UACAGGUUUAAUAGUCCUUCAUUUCACCAGAUCACUUUCACUUUGACGAGGCAGAGAUGAUCGUAACUUCAGCUGAACAUGGAUCUGCUUAUGAUCAUUUUAGUGACUGUGAUUCCAGUAUUAUCAGAUGGGUUGACUGUGCAUGGUCCGUCUGGUCCUGUGGUUGCUCCUCUGGGAUCUUCAGUGGUUCUUCUCUGUUCUGUUGAUGAAUCUUUACCAAUAAAGGAUCUGGAGGUGGAGUGGAAGAGAACACACUCAGAGACUUUAGUUCAUCUGUAUCAGGACGGAGAGAGUCGAGCAGAAGCCCAGCAGCAGGAUUAUCAGGACAGAGCUCAUUUCUUCACUGAUCAGAUUCAACAUGGAAACUUCUCUCUCCGUCUGGAUGAUCUGAGAUCUGAAGGAGGACAGUACACAUGUACAGUUCACGGUCAGCGGGAGUCUGGAGAAACUAUGGUUGAAAUAAAGGUUGAUGUUGAGCGUUUGAGAGUGUCAGGAUCGAGUCGCUCUGUAUCAGUGUCUGUGGGUGAAGACGUCACUCUGAACUGCUUUGUUGACUCUAACAUCACACUUCAAGACAUUGAAGAGGUUUCAUGGAGGAAAACAGAUGAGGAUAUUAUGGUUCUGCUCUACCAAGAGCAUACGGCUUUACCAGAGGCAUCAAACGAGCGAUACAGAGACAGGGUUGAGUUCUUCAGUGAUGAAAUCUCCAAAUUAAACUUCUCUCUCAGACUGAAGAGUGUCAGAACUGAAGAUAAAGGAGUUUAUAUGUGUGAGGUGUUAGCUGGAGGACUUUCAGGCAAUACUACUGUAGAACUACAGAGACUGGGGUUAUCAGUUUUACAUACUGGUGUUGAUUCUCUGUGUUUCUGCAUCUGGGUCUGCUCUUCUGCUUGUCUGCCUCAUCUACUGCAGAUCAUCUACUAAAGGUUUCAUUGUACAGAAUCUUUCUAACCGUGAUGUUCAUCUGGGAGGUUCAGCACUUUUGGCCUGUCAUGUUCCUCCACACUUAGUAACUGCAGAUCUUAAGGUGGAGUGGAGAAGAAGAAACUCACAGACUCUGGUUCAUCU